UUAAAGCAAAAAAAAACAAAUAACAAAAUGGAUAAGGAGAGCUCAAAGAACCAGCAGAGAGAAGACGACGAAGAAACCAUGAAUUUGAUCUUAUCACUUCCCUCAGAUGUAGAUUUCGAGGGUACAAAGCUGUUCAAGUACCAAGGAUGUUGGUACAACGACAAAACUUUGCAAGCAAUACUCAGUUUCCAACGAGAUUUCGAGCCACAAGACACGGACAUAAUCGUUGCUUCGUUCCCCAAAUCUGGUACUACUUGGCUCAAAGCUCUCACAGUCGCUGUCCUGGAGAGAUCCAAACACUCUUCUGAUAAUCAUCCUCUUUUACUUGAGAAUCCUCAUACUCUAGUACCAUUCUUCGAGCUCAGACUUUACAUGCAAAGCUCGAAACCAGAUCUGACCAAGAUCUUAUCAUCCCCGAGACUAUUCUCGACUCACGUUCCUUUCCAGACUCUUAAAGAAGGUCUCAAGAACUCGUCUUGUAAGAUCGUGUACGUGUGCAGGAACAUGAAAGACGUGUUGGUUUCGUUUUGGUAUUUCAAGUGCGCAAAUCAAGAGAUAGAAAAAGAGAAAAACUCGUUGGAGUCAAUGUUCGAGUCGUUUUGCACUGGAGUUAGCUAUUACGGACCAUUUUGGGAACAUAUCUUGAGCUAUUGGACAGCAAGCUUACAAUAUCCCAAGAAUGUGCUUUUCUUGAAGUACGAGCAGUUGAAAACAGAGCCUCAUGAUCAGCUCAAGAAACUUGCCGAGUUCUUGGGAUGUCCUUUUACGUUGCAAGAAGAAGAGAGCGGUUCCAUGGAAGAGAUCUUAGAUCUUUGCUCAUUUAGAAACCUGAAGAAUUUGGAGAUCAACAAGACCGGUAGAACACCUGGAGGAGUUGCUCACAAGAAUUUUUACCGUAAAGGUGAAGUUGGUGACUCGAAGAAUAAUCUGACUCCUGAGAUGGAGAAGAGACUUGACAUGAUCAUCCAGCAGAAGUUUCGAGGUUCGGAUAUGAAAUUCUAAGUUAUGUGUGGUUUCAUACUUUUUUUUUUACUGUGCUUUGUUUAACCAAAGUACCUUUUGUUGCUAUGUUACUUCAUAUAUGAUUGUAUGAUGUCUAUCAUUUGUUACUAGCUACUACUACCUUGAUGUCGAAUUCACUUUCUUGAACUGAGAACAAUAAUUUUGAAACCAUAUUAAACCAAA